AUGUUGCGGGCAGUAAAGUGCAAAGAGAUGUUUGCGGAAGGCCAGUCCCAUCAGGAAAUGUACGCGGAACAUCUGUUCGUAAGUCAGAUGCGUUCAAGGAAAAGACACAGUAACACAUCUGCUGGAAAUGAGGAUGCCAAAAGAGUUGAUGACAGAAACAAAGAAAAUUGUUCACCAGAUAUUCCAAUGGCACCUCCGAUGUACCAAAGCACUCCGCUUAUGGCGGGUCAGCGUGAGUUCUUUCAGUCGAAUAUGGCGAUGGCUCAAGCACAGAUGCCGUUUUAUCCGGGAUUCUUUCCGCCUCCGACAUUCCCGUGUAUGGAACAAAGUUCAAUGUCAUCAGACAGUGGAAUAAACUCGGACGAAUCGAGCGUGCAACAGGAUUCUGCGUUCGACACCAGCAAAACACAAUUCCCACCAGAGGCGAAACCAACGACAUCUUCGUCGAGCCAGCAGCAGGAUUCUCCAUCGGUCAAUCCAUUGGAAGUGUUCGAUGAAGCUCCUGGAAGAUUAUGUCUUCUUAAUGCGUCUACAAAGUAUAAGGUUACUCUGAGCGAGAUCCACCGUCGAAUGAGCCAUCCGGAAACGCUUCAUGCCAGUCUUAUAAAUGGUGUUCUGAGAAAGGCAAAAACGAAGGACGGAUGCAAGAUGCUUCGGGACCGUUUAGCCGAGAAGGGUGUGUCGUUACCGUCAGGGCGGAGGAAAACUGCACCUACAACUGCAUUCACCGCAUUAUGUGAGAGAGAAGCGUUGGUAAUGGCACGCGAUUUCAAUACUCUCUGCAACAACAGUCUGAAUACGUUUGAAAUAGCACGACACGCCAGUCGGCUACAACAAACACCACAGGAACUUGCCAUAAUCAGGCGCUUCCUAGCAGGAGUCAUGGCGAUCUUCGACGAAGUUCCCGAAGACCCGGAAGACUACGUGGAAAAGAAUUCAGCGACACAUGCUAUAAAUAUAUUCAGUAUGCUUACUCACGGUUUUGGACACAAUGUUCUGAAGUCGGCGUGGAGAGUCCUGGGAAAGAUUGUCGACCAACAAUAUGCGAUGCUUCAAGGGGGCCAACCUCAAGGACCACCUCCACCACCCCCUUUCAUGCCCUAUCAUAUGCAACAAUUUAUGUAA